AUGGCUAAUCGAAACCGAGUUGUUCCACUCCCAUCCGAGGACACAUUCAGUCCAUACUUCCUUCAUCCGAGCGAUAAUCCAGGAAUCACUCUCGUUCAACAACAACUCACUGGAUCAAACUAUGCAGCUUGGAGCAGAGCGUUCAGCACUGCUCUCAUUGCCAAAAAUAAGCUUGUUUUUGUCGAUGGAUCCAUCCUCCGGCCAGCUCGUGAUGAUCUCCUUUAUCAGCCAUGGAUCCGUUGCAACAACAUGGUGAUUUCAUGGCUCCGCAACUCUAUCUCCUCACAAAUUUUCUCCAGCAUCAUGUACCUUGAUGAUGCUUAUGCGAUCUGGUUCGAUUUGAAAGAGCGCUUCUCCAUUGCUGAUUCUGCUCGGAUCUAUCAACUUCGCCAACAACUCAUGUCUCUUUCUCAAGGAUCUUCGGAUGUUACCUCUUACUUCACCAAUCUUCGUAUACUUUGGAAUGGAUACAGAAAUUCUCAGCCUACUUCUUGGUGCACAUGUACUAGAUGCACCUGUGACUAUGCAUCAAAAUGGAACCAGCAUAAGGAGAAUGAAUGCACUAUGCAAUUCCUCAUUGGCUUGAAUGCCUCUUUUUCUCAACUUAGAUCUCAUAUUCUCUCAAUGAUUCCUCUACCUUCUCUAUCUAAGGUCUUCUCAUUGGUGAUUCAGGAAGAAAGACAGAGAUCAAUCGAUGGAAAUAACACAUCAUCCUUUGCUCUUACUCGAGCUCCAGUCACAAGUGAAUUGCCUUUUGCAAAUGCAGCUUCAUCCUUUAGUAGAGGCUAUAAUAAGUUUCUCUGCUCUCACUGUGGAAGAACCAAUCAUCCGAUCGAAAAGUGCUUCAUCCUUCAUGGUUUUCCACCUGGAUUUGGCAGAGGAAAGGGGAAAUAUCCACCAGCAUCUGGCUUUGCAAAACCUUCACAGAAUUCUGGUUUUGCUGGGAAUCACAACACUCAUCAGCAACGAUCUAUUAAUUUUGUUGAAGACACUGCUGAUCUACCAAGUUUGGAUCAAUAUAAACAGCUCAUUAGCCUCUUGCAGAGCCAUAAACUCCAAAAUCCCUCUCCUCCAGCCACUGCUCCAGCCACUGACUCACCUGCUCAGCCAUCUACUCAUGCCUCAUCCAAUUUUUCUGGUACAAUUUUCUUCUUUCCUUCCAUUAAUUCUAUUUCUUCAUCAUGUUCUACCUCAUCUACCUGGAUCCUAGAUACAGGAGCUACUCACCAUGUAUUCUAUGACCAAUCCUUGUUCAACUCCACCUUACCCAUAGCAAAUGCUUCUGUAAACCUCCCUAAUGGCAACACAGCUCCUGUCACUCAUCUAGGUACUGUGAAGCUUACUCCCCUAAUCACUCUAUCUCCAGUUCUACAUGUUCCCUCCUUCUCAUUCAACCUUAUCUCAGUUAGUGUUGUCACUCAUAAUUCAGCUUGCAUUGUCACUUUUACUCACAAUAACUUCCAAAUUUAG